GCUCAGGCUUUUCGGAAGAUGGAGAAACUCAGGCUCCUCUAUUUCCUGCUUGGUGUCAUAGGCCCUGGAGGAGGCACUUUACUGUUCAUCGGACUACCUAAUACAACUUCACUGGCGGAGAACCAACCAGCUGGAACAGUGGUCUACACAUUCUCUGUGGACUCUACAUCCUCCUUACUAUUGUCUCCCAGAAUAAUCAACAGCAAUCCACUUACUAUUGCCUUCAGAAUUGAUAAUAGCCCUCCAAACUAUUUGGUGGUAACCACAGGCAGUCCAGUACUUGAUUUUGAAACAACACCCAGUAGCUUUGAUAUACAGAUUUACAUGGUGGAUAACACAAUGGACACCAACUUGCAAACCUUAACUGUACAGCUCACUGAUGUUAAUGAACCUCCAGUGUUUCUCGACAACCUAGCAAACCAAAUUGUGUUCAUUUAUAUAGAAGAAGGAGCAGCACAAGGACCCAUUUAUACCAUUCUAGCAUCUGAUCCUGAGGAUAGCAUAAGUGCUCUAAAGUAUUCACUGACACCUGCUUCAGAUCCAUUUACAGUAUCUCUGACUGGUAUAAUAGUGCCUACAAAAACAUUUGAUUAUGAGACUGAUCCACACAGCUACUCACUUACUGUGACAGUAACAGAUUCAGCGGGACUGUCUGUAAAUGGAAGUUUGACAGUCAUGAUAACGAACAUCAAUGAUGAAACACCAUAUUUCAACAUGAUAGCUACAACAUUUACCAUUCCUGAGGAAGAGAAUCCAGGGACUGUGGUUACCACAAUAACUGCUGAGGAUCCAGAUGAUGCUGGGUUUAUAAGCAAUCUGUACUACAGCAUCAAUACCCCAAACCAGUACUUCUCAAUAAAUGAAAUCACUGGAGUGAUUCAGAUUGCCAAGAGAAUUGAUGUUGAUGCUAGAACCCUCAAUCCUAACAGAGCCAUGAGUCUAGAAAUCCAAGUGAGCGACCUUCCAAGUGCUGGAAACUCAAACACAACAACUAUCACCAUCAAUAUUCAGGAUAUAAACGAUAACCCUCCAGUGUGCACCCAGUAUGCCUUCAGCCAAUCGGUACCUGAAACUGCAGUAAAUGGCACUCUCAUUAUGGAUCUCAGUAAUGAGUGCACGGACAUUGAUGUUGACCCCAUAAACAAUGCAUUCAAUUUCAGUGAGCUUUCCGGGCUUGGUAGCAACAAACUAUUCCAACUCAUUCCGGCGGGAUCUGGAAAAAUAGUGUUGACAGGUGAUUUGGACUUUGAAGACCCCAAUAAUAUAGCUGUAGGCAAUGAAUAUAGUUUAAAGGUUGCAGUGCAGGAUAUAGCCGCUCCAUAUUACAAGGAUUAUAUUUAUGUGUAUAUUAAAACAACUCCAGUCAAUGAAUAUGCUCCAGUAUUCAAUAGUUCUUCUUAUGUGUUCAACGUGUCCGAGCUUUCCCCACCUGGUUCAAUAAUUGGUUACAUAUAUGCUACGGACCAAGACUACCCCUAUAUAGGGAUCACUUACACAAUUGAGAGUGGUGGUAGCACUUUGGGUGCUACUAGAAUUUUUGGGAUUAAUCCAAGCACUGGAGAGUUGAGCCUUUCUGAUUAUGCAGAUUAUGAAACUACGCAAAAAUACAUACUUACAGUGAAAGCUACGGAUUCUGGAUCAAAGUUUUCUACAGUUUCAGUGACUGUGAACAUACUGGAAGCUAAUGAUGAAAAACCGGUAUGUAAACCAAAUUCAUACAGACUGUCCGUACCUGUAAAUCAAGCAACAGGUACAAACAUUCAGAAUUUCAAGCUUACUUGUACAGAUCGGGAUUCUGGACCUCAGUCUUUUCAAUACUUUAUUGAUUCAGGCAAUAUAAACAACCAUUUUACUUUUUCACCUUCUUCUGGCUCCAACGUCUCCAGCCUGAUUCUUGCCCUCCCGUUUGAUUACUCUGAAGGUGGGGACACUACUUGGAAUUACAACCUGAGGGUUUUGAUUACUGAUGGCAAUUUGAAUUCCCGGUCUCUUGGAGGACCUGUACAAACUGGGACUGUGUCUUUAUUUAUUAAUGUCUAUAUACCUGGAACGACCACAACUAAAACAACUACCACACCUAGUGUUGUGUACAUGGUUACCUCUGAAAAUGUAUAUUCCCUAUUGGCAUGGUAUAUACCAUUUGUAUGCACAAUUGGCGCUUUACUUCUGCUUGGGUUCCUUGGGGGUCUGAUUUACCUUCUUGCAAAGUACUUCCCAUGCAGAAGACCUCCGAAGCCAGACACUGAACCAUUAAUAAAACCUCCAGACACGAAGGUUAAGCAGAAUGUUUUCUGGGAAAUGACCAAGAUGAACACUGUCUUUGAUGGAGAAGCAGUAGAUCCAAUUACAGGAAACGUCUAUGAAUAUAAUUCAAAGUCUGGGGCUAGAAGAUGGAAGGACACAAAACAGCCAAUAAUCCCAGUGCCAAUCCCACAGCAAUUGCCAGUGAAUCCCACAGAGCAAACAUCUUUACCAGUACUGUCAACUGGUACCCCAAAUAAGAAGGUAAAAACACCUCCUCAAGCGGCUAAAGCAGAAGACGUGACAAAUGCUGCAGUGCCGGGAACACCAAACAGACUGCAAACUCCUAAACAAUCAGCACCCAAAGUGGAGGCUGAAAACAAAAGUCCUCAUAGCAGGUCCCCAAUUUCACCAAGACGUUCUCCUAAAGUAUCUCCUAAAAUUCCAAAAAGGCCUGCUUAACAAAAUGAAGUGCGUUACCUAUAUACCUGAAUAUACCUCGUUAAAUCUCCUAGCACUUCAGCUGUUGCUGAGCACUGUCUGUAUGGAAUACAUAUCAGCUGGAGUACCAAGUUAUAUGUAAAAGCUUCCAGCUCUCUGGAGCACUUUAUUGUAUUCUAUCUGUAUUUUGUUCAUACACAGAAGCAACUUGUAUAUAAUAUGAAAUAUACAGGUGAAACUCAAAAAAUUAGAACAUCGUGCAAAAGACCAUUUAUUUCAGUAAUGUAAAUUAAAA